GCAGUGGGGGGUGUGAGGCAGCGGUUGUGUAGACUAGGAAAAGGUGGAAGGAAGAUGGCGGCGCUGGCUUCGGAGCUGCUACUUUUGAGCGAUUCGAGCCGCUUCCGCGCGGAUAACCUGCUCAGCAGCGAAGAUUGGGACACAGGUCUUUACAGCUGCCUGGAUGACAGAGAUGUGGCAGCAGAACUUUUCCCCUGUCUGGAACACAGUGUUGUGGAUGCUGAGGGAGACCAUUGUAUGCUCAGCAAUGGGUUUGACCUGGACAUGGAAACGCUACCACCGGACCCUCCGUGGGACCCUCUACAUGACACCCUCUUUCCAGAGCUGCAUGUAAAGUCCGAGCCCGUCUCCCCAGCCUCGUCUCACUGCUCUGAUUCGUCUGCUGCCACAUUCUCCUCCUCUUCUUCCUCAUCUGCUGAUUUCCCAGGGCAGGCCCCCAGCCCAGCUGACGUGAUUGGGGUGAAGACGGAGCACCCCCCAACACCUCCAUGCAUGUUCGGAGAUGUCCUGUCACCCCCCUUUGGCACUGUGCACAUCAGUGUCAUUCCAGCACCUGAAACAGGGAAAGCUGUGGCCCCCAACAAAGCAGAGAGCAUCCUCAGCCGGAAGCCCCCCAUCCAACCCAAACCUGUCGUGGUCACCACUGUACCGGUGCAGCCGGCGACCGCUCCCAGUAAGACUAUCUUACUACAGCCUGUCCCUGCCACCCAGUCGCAGACGAUCAACCCUGGAAUAGCAGUCCCAGCUCAGGGAGUCAUGAUCUCCCAGUCUGAACUGCUGCAUCUCCCGAUGUCCGGCCUGAUCAAGGUUCAGUCCCCCGUGAAGGAUGGUCUCCCCGCAAAGCCCGCUCCCUCCGCCCCCAAGCCGGAGGCCAAAACCAUUGUCCCGGCACCUGCACAAAUAGGAUCCUGCAGCCCGGAGAUUGAUCUGAAAGUGUUGAAACGGCAGCAGCGGAUGAUCAAGAACCGUGAGUCAGCUUGCCAGUCCCGGAGGAAAAAGAAGGAAUACCUGCAGGGGCUGGAGGCUCGGCUGCAGGAGGCCCUGGCAGACAACGAAAGGCUGCGGCGGGAGAAUGCGCUCCUCCGACGGCGGCUGGAUUGCGUCCUCAACGAGAACGGAGAUCUGAAGUUUGGCUCUGGGAAUCGGAAAGUCAUCUGUGUCAUGGUGGUGCUGCUUUUCAUAGCCUUCAGUUUUGGGCCUGUGAGUAUCAGCGAGCGAAAAGCAGCAGACGUGGACCCGCCCAGGCAGGAGACAGAGGCUGGCCCCAGCCGGAGGCAUCUUCUAGGUGUCACAGAGGAGUCUCUGGAAGUCCCGGAGGAGGAGCUGCCCGAGCGGCAAGAGGAGGCCCCAGCCAUGCCUGGAAAGACACCAUUCAGAAACCUGUCUGCUCCCUUCUCUGACAUGAAGGACCUGGUGCUGAGGGACCUGGACAAGCUCUUCCUGGCUUCCGACUGCCGCCAGUUCAAUCGCACAGAAUCCCUCAGGCUAGCGGAUGAGCUCAGCGGGUGGGUCCGGAGACAUCAGAUCAACGGGAGGAAGCCCUCGCAGUCACGAAAAGCUGCACAAGCCAGCCAGGAGAAGAACAAGGAAAGGAAGCCCCUGAGCCCUUCCCGCUACGUUCCUGCCAGCCCCCUAAGCCGCCCAGAGAGGGAUUCCCUGAGCCAGCUGCAGGUAUAUCAGCAUCCCGAGCACAAGGAGCAUGACUUCAUGGAUGCUAUCGAUCGGCGAGAGGAUACCUUCUACGUGGUGUCGUUCCGCAGGGAUCAUUUACUGCUGCCUGCCAUCAGCCACAACAAAACCUCUCGCCCAAAGAUGUCCUUGGUGAUGCCCGCCAUGGCCCUCAAUGAGAGCCUGUACAGUUCCUCACUGGGCUACGAGGUGAUGAUGCAGAUAGACUGUGAGGUGAUGGACACUCGUGUCAUCCACAUCAAGAGCUCGACGGUACCUCCUUUCCUGAAGCGCCAGGAGGCCGCCCCCGACAACCACACUCAGCCUGCCCCGCAGGCCUUUUCUGGACGGACAACCCGGGCGGCUCUGCGGUCCCAGCGCCCCACCUUGUCUCCCUCGGCCCGGCGGCAUCCGCCUCGCGCCCUGUACCUGGGAGAGCAUGCCGGGGAGUAGCUUCAGCCCCUCGCGGGGAGGGUGAAGAGAGCUGCAGUGGCAGUGUGGAGAGCCCUACUGUCCUGCAGGCGGUGCCCCCUCCUGCUGAGGGAAGGGACACGCCACACGGGGGAACUGGGCCUGUGUGAGAGGUGGACGUAACUGUUCCUGCAAGCGUUGGUUCUGUUGGAUGGCUGGAUCAAUUUCCUCAGAGACGCACCCAUUGACACCAUCCUUACGCACAUCCCCUUCUCAGAAAACCUCUUCCCUAAUUUCAUGGUUCUCUCCAGGAUGGGUCAGCGAGGAUUUUAUCCUUCAGCUCGGGCCCCUCCCUUAUCAGCCCUUGGCCUCAGUUUUCUGCAGAUGAGACUCUUUGUUUAUCUUUAGUGCCCCCUAGUGGCUGAGAUUGAGGGCUUCGCAUUUGAAGAAGGGAAGAGGGUCUCUUUUAUACUGCUGUUUGCAAUCUAUGUAUAUUUGUUUGUGUGUGUGAGAGAGAGAGAGAAUGAAGGAAGCAGAGUUACCUCUCUAUUCCACAGAGAAGGGUGUAUGCGUGUUCACAUGUGGUCCUCUCCUGUCCCAUCCCCCCUCCCCCCCAAGUUGCUCCAGUCGCACUUAGACCUGCCCCUUGGAGGUCCUUCUUGUGGGGGUUUUCCCUGAUCUUUUUUUAAAAAGGGAGCUACAAAUAAACCAGAUAUGGGACCUCAA